ACGUGAUAGAGUUCACUAGGCCAAACAGCUAUGCCCAAGUACAGUACUCUGUCUGCCGUUGAUGCGACCAGGCAGCAGUACAGUGUGCCUGAGCUUAUCCGGCUUACCGUACUGAUCCGGCUUACUGUACUGGCGAUCAUGUCGCCCAAUCCACUCGAACAACUACACCUCGUGUAGGAUCUUACUCAGAGACGGUAUUUUUGCAUUCGGCCAGCAAGCCGCCUUUUAUCUUUUCUGCUCGACCUCCUCGCGAUGUCUUGUACUUAUCUGGCGACCGGUGCUACGGGCAAUACCGGAAAGACCAUAGUUUCGAUAUUGCUAUCCCAUGGCCACAAAGUCCAUGCCAUCGUGCGCAACCCUUCUUCCCGAGCAGCACAGGCAAUCGCCUCCUCCGGGGCAACUCUAUUCCAAGGCGACUUUGCAUCGCCUUCGUCGCUUUCCUCCGCAGCAAGCGGCUGCAACGGCCUCUUCCUGAUUACCAUUCCCGGGCCGGAUGCGGUGACUUUUGUGCAAAAUGCUUUGACAGCAUUCCUUGGUUGCUGCGCGCCGGAUCCGACGGUCGUUUUGAUGGGAAGCAUAUUUCAAGAUGAUGCCACUACCGCGCUUGUGCAGAGUCCCAAUUCAGGUCUGCCAGACAAACCACCACAUGAGUUCGUCAAGGGGUACUGGAGCAUGACGGAUGCGGUCGAGAGGGCCGUCAAGGAGAGUCGCUUCCCGCAUUGGACCAUCCUUCGGCCUGCUUGGUACAUGUCAAACUAUCUCGACUUCGCCGUUCGACCCAUCCACUGGCCGGCACUGGCACCGGAGAAGAAGUUGGUAGCAGGAGUGCUGCCGGCAACGCCUUUCGAAAUGAUCGACCCUAGUGAUAUUGGCACGUUUGCGGCCUACGCUUUGACGGAGAAGGGCGAGCCGAGAUGGGAGCACAAGUGUUUGGCCUUGGCCAGCGAGCUUCUUACGCUGGAAGGAAAGGCAAGGAUCAUGAGCCAUGUCAGCGGGAUCGAGGUCAAGGCGGUUUAUCUGCAAGAAGACGAGGCCGCCAGGUUUGCCGAGGAAGACUUUGUCGGAUAUUUGCACUUUUGGCAGCGCGUGACUGCACCCAAGGUCAAUAUGGAUGAUAUGCGGGCAUAUGGGUUCAAGUUGGGGUCCUUUGAAGAGUAUUUGACUCGGAACAAAGAGAGGCUGCUUCUGGCCUUGAACGACGACAGUGUUGCUCAACGAGGGUUGAGUUCCGAAGAGAUACUGGAAGGCGCUGGACAGCACGGUCAUUAGCGUCGUGGUCGGAGACUUGAUCGGACCAGGUUGGGCAGACCUUCUUCACGGGGCUGGGGGCCGACAAUGGACAAGG